AUGAGUCCACCCACCUUCCUCGGGACCCACAAUCUUCUUUCCAGCCCGUUGAUAAAGGCAGCUUUUAAUUACUCAUCAGCGUUCCCUUUCUCUUUCACUGUGCUUUCUCUUCCCAAUUUCACUCUUUCUUUAAAGCUACACACCUACAAGAAGAAGCUCGUGCUCACUCUCUUUUCCCUUUUUCUCGGUGGACUUUGGUCUGAGCUCAACCAUUCUUUGUCGGAAACCUUCACCGGAGAGAAUUUUGUCCAGCUCUGCCCAAAAAUGGUGUUCUUCCGCAACUGA